AUGCGCAUGCUGCUCUCAUCCACGAGCGCUGUCAAGACACGUGCGAGCUUGUGCUGGCUGCGCAGGUAUUUAACAACUAGGGACAAUAGUAAUGCAUCAUCGCGAUCUCCUACAGCUCUGGGCUUUGCACCUCGUCGCUCCAACGUUGUAGAGCCUCCUAUUGAUAUUCAGACUGCAUUGAGCAAGUGCAAGACUCAAAAAGCGCGCAAAUUUGAUGAAACAAUUGAUCUUGCGAUUCAACUGGGUGUAGACCCGCGAAAACCCAAUCAAAAUGUGCGUGGUGUGGUGAGUCUACCGAAUGGUACGGGUAAGCAAGUGCGCAUUGCCGUCUUUGCUCGUGGUCCUAAGGCGGAGGAGGCCAAGGCUGCUGGCGCUACUAUUGUGGGUGCCGAAGACCUUGUGGAGCAAGUGCAAAGCGGCAAGAUUGAGUUUGAUCGCUGUAUUGCGACACCUGAUGUCAUGCCGUUAGUGGGUCGCGUGGCUAGAAUUCUUGGUCCCCGUGGCCUCAUGCCUAACCCGAAGCUGGGCACGGUGACACAGGAAGUUGGUAAUGCUAUUGCAGCAGCUCGUGGUGGUCAGGUGGAGUUUCGUGCGGAAAAGAAGGGUAUUGUCCAUGCUGGCGUGGGCAAGAUGAGUUUUUCGGAGGAGGCACUAUUAGAAAACGUGCAAGCCUUCAUGGUUGCACUCAGUGACGCCAAGCCAGAGGGUGCGAAGGGCAAGUACAUCAAGGCUGUUCACCUAAGCUCUUCAAUGGGCCCUAGUUACAAUCUAGACGUCAAGUAUCUGGACCCGUCCUCGACGUCUUUCAUGCGCUUCGAAUGA